CCAAUGCGUAGUCGCUCCCUUAUUUGCCAUAUGAUUACCAGUAUACCUAUAUCUACUACCAUCUAUCUUUGCCAUCAUUCUUCGACCUAUAUCCGUGUGCGGAAGCGUGUGCCUGUCGGAGGAGCCACUUUAGAACGCGCUUACCUGUGCACUGCUAUGUUCCUGCCUUUCCUUUGUCCUUCUUUGCAGAGGCAGAAGUUUCGGGUUUGAAGCUUCUUUCCAAAUACAGUUCUUGUGCCUCCUGGGCAGAAAUGCCUCUACUCCUCCACUGUUUCAUACUGAUAUUUCCGUCUUCCUGUCAUCUGUAGACAAUUUCUCCAAAUCUUCUAAAAUCAGAAUAUACUGUGAUUACUGCUCUGAAAGGAUGCCUAUUAUGCGCACCUGAUACCAGCUAUCUAGGCGUCCUUUCUCGAAAUAGGCAGGGACACCUGUCGCCGAUUCUGCGACCUGCCUGUCCUACCCACCUCUAUCUGCUCACCGAAAUCUGCAGUCUCACGCUUAGUCGCCUCCUAAAUACCCUAAUACUAUAUAGCACUGCCCUAUCAAUAAUGGAGGCAACUGGUGCGCAAAAGGCUGGUGAUCAUGCCGCCGAGACCAACGACAAUGCUGAGAGGGAAGGAUGUACUGUAGUAGAUCAGGCAACAACAACAGCAACAGUCGAUACGCUACACAGUGGGGAAGGAAGUGAUGACAUUAUGGGCAAUGAGAAUGGAAGCGUCAACAACCUUCCCUACGGCAUACUUGAUGAAGCCUCUGCCCUGGAAGGCCUUGAUGCUGAUGUACGCGAUCAAGACGAUCUCGAACGAGACAUCACGUAUCAGGCUAGUUUAGCACUUAAUAGUGCUGAAGACAAGAGGGACGAGAAACGGAUCGAAAAGGCCCAAAAUAACACCAUACGGUUAGAGGCCCAGAAGAAAACCCAAGAGGAGCGCUUCCGUAAAGCUAUUGGCAGACCGGAACUCAAGCAGAAAAUACGGGAAGAGAUUUCUAGAAUUGACUCUGAGCUUGAGCUAACUAGAAAUGAUAUUGCGCAAUUCGAGAAUCGUAUCAGGAAGAGGCAACAGGAAACGCAGGAAGCAGAUCAGGUCGCAGGGGGCAAUCAGAAACUUGCCGGAGAAACUCACCGUGAAUUUCUUAUUCGUACUGGAAAGAUAACCCCAUUUGACAUCAGAGCACGUACGCAAGGUGUUGGAGGAGAACUGGCUGACGUCCUGGCUGAUGCUGAAGAGGAAGCUGCAGCAGAUGAACUAGAAGAAGAGGCUGGCUAUGAACCACGGUCUCACCAGAAUCUACGCGCACCUGGGUUUGCCGAGGAUGUCGAACUAGCCACCACAGCUGUACAGAGUGAGUUUUCGUUAAGACCGCGGAAGCGACAGAGGGCUGCACACCAUGAUGCGUCAUCAGAUGAAUACACUCCACAAGCGACUGAUAGGCCUGACACGGGAUUUUCUGAUAGUCAGGAAUCAGAAGAUUAUGAUCUUACAGAGCGUCCAGUUAAAAAAGUGAAAAAGGCCCCUAAAGAGGAUGCGAAAAUCGAUAUAAGCAAGCUUGAUGACGGAAUUGAGGCCAACUAUCAGAGCCGACUCACAGACUGGAUUGACAGACGAAGCCGCGCAAGACUACGACGCCAACAUGUUGCCCAUCAAGAGGGGGAUAGCGAAGGACAGCCUCAAGGCCAAGAUGAGGACGAGUGGUUCAAGCCAUCACCUGACGAGCCAGAUCACCGCCUGAAACAUGGGCUCAAGCUACCGGGCGACAUCUAUCCUGCCCUCUUUGACUACCAAAAAACUGGCGUACAAUGGCUCGCGGAGCUAUAUUCCCAACGAGUAGGAGGGAUCAUUGGCGAUGAAAUGGGACUUGGUAAGACAGUACAGGUCAUAUCGUUCAUCGCAGCCCUUCACUAUAGCAAAAAAUUGGAUAAGCCUGUCUUGGUCGUCGCGCCAGCCACUGUUUUACAACAAUGGGUCAACGAAUUCCACCGAUGGUGGCCACCAUUGCGCGUUUCAAUGCUUCAUUCGUCUGGAUCUGGUAUGCUAAACAUGAGUAGAGAGAAUGAGAUUGAAGAUGAAGACAGAAACUGGGAUAAAAGAGAUGGCCCUCGCGUUGUGAACAAAGCGGCGAAAAGAAUCAUUGAUCGAGUGGUACGGCAAGGUCAUGUUCUCGUAACCACUUAUGCCAGCGUCCAAAUAUAUGGUGACAUGUUGGCUACCAUGGACUGGGGCUAUGCAGUGCUCGAUGAAGGACACAAAAUUCGGAAUCCAAAUGCCGCAGUCACCAUUGCGUGUAAGGAAUUAUGCACCCCGAACCGGAUUAUCCUAUCUGGUACGCCAAUUCAAAAUAACUUAGUGGAGCUAUGGUCACUGUUUGAUUUCAUCUAUCCCAUGCGACUGGGGACGCUCGUCGACUUCCGGAAGCAGAUUGAGAUUCCUAUCAAAAUUGGAGGGUACGCCAAUGCUUCACACCUUCAAAUCAUGACAGCAGAGAAAACCGCCCAAGUACUUAAAGAAAACAUUAGUCCAUACCUCCUGCAACGUCUCAAAGUUGAUGUCGCCACUGAUUUACCCAAGAAGAGGGAACAGGUCCUUUUCUGUAAGCUCACUAAGCUACAGCAUGAGACAUAUCGACUGUUCCUUGACUCUAAGGAGAUGGGAGAUGUUCUUAAGGGGAACACACAGUCUUUUUUUGGAAUUGACAGGCUUCGCAAGAUCUGUAACCAUCCUGACUUGGUUGACCCCAAUAUCAAGGUUAGACACCCUCAAGAAUAUGGAGCACCUAAUAAGUCUGGAAAGAUGCAAGUCCUUAAAGCACUUCUUGGUAUGUGGAGAAAGCUUGGCCAUAAGACACUGUUAUUCUCGCAGACGGUGCAAAUGCUUGACAUCCUCGAACAGUUUGUCCAAAAACUUGGCAAUACCCAAUAUUUACGAAUGGACGGUAAAACGCCUAUCAAAAUGAGACAAGUGCUCGUUGAUAAGUUCAAUAAGGAUCCGGAUAUACAUCUUUUCUUGCUGACGACGAAAGUGGGUGGUUUGGGAGUAAACUUAACUGGAGCCAAUCGCGUCAUUAUCUACGAUCCCGAUUGGAAUCCUUCCACGGACGUGCAAGCUCGUGAGAGAGCGUGGCGCUUGGGACAAAAGAAAGAUGUGACGAUCUACCGAUUGAUGACUGCUGGCACAAUCGAAGAGAAGAUAUAUCAUAGGCAGAUCUUCAAGCAGUUCUUGAGUAACAAAGUGCUAAAGGACCCUAAACAUCGCACCACUUUCAACCUCAAUGACUUGCACGAUCUCUUUACAUUGGGUCCGUCGGAAGAUACAGGAACAGAAACUUCAAGACUUUUCAAAGAUUCUCAAGUGAAUAUUCAUACGGAAGUGCCCCCCGCAACGAUGGAUGCAAGCCGCAAAGUCCAGGCGGAUAGCGAAAAAAAUGAACCGUUAGGCGGAGAUGAGCACAAUGGGUUGCAGCGGUUAGACGGUGUUGCUGGCCUAGAGGAUUACGAAACUGGCGAGGAAGCUAAAAGCGCUACUAAAGAGGAAGAUCGUAUCAUGGAAGGUUUGUUCGCUCGAUCCGGUGUACAUUCGGCGCAUGAGCACGACGCGAUUAUCGACGGCAAGCAGAAGCCUCGGGCAGACCGCGGAAUACUUCAGCAGGAGGCGGCACGGGUUGCUAGUGAGGCUGCUGCUGUGCUUCGCCGUGCUAAAGAGCAGGCCCGUCACGUCCCAAUCGGUACGGUAACAUGGACAGGUGAAUUCGGCGAAGGCGGCCGUCCCUCGAACAUCCGUCGUGGGCGCGGUGGCCCAGGUUCCGCCUCCGUACUCUCUAACCUAUCCGAUCGCCAAGGCAUUUCACGUCCUGGAUCGCAAAGUCCCCGACCAACUAUGCGUCUCAACGAUUUCAUGAAGGCUAUACCACAGUUUAUCAAGCGCCAGGGUGGUCGGGUCCCCACCAAAUCCAUUGUGGAUCAUUUCAAUCCUCACUGCAAGACUCGCGAGCAGACGACUGAAUUUAAGGAGGCUCUUAAUCGCGUCGCGAAGAUGGACUCGCGCGGCUCCUCUAUGCGCGGCAUUUGGGUUCUACGAGAGGGUUAGGGCGCCCGGUAAUGAUGACGAUAAGGAUAAUAAUGGGAAAUAGUUAGACAUUUAGUAAUGUAUAGAGAGCAACAGAAUCUAGGAUUGGCAUCCACUGAUUAGAUUCGGGACGCUCAAAUACGAGAGCUUAAGCCAUCUAGAUAGGCGACACGACCGCUUGCCUACCUAUACCCCCAUUGUACAACGGAAGGAGUAGAGGGCCAAGGAGCUGGGAUUGAAUUCAUCGAUGAAAUUUGAAUGGAAAGGUUUAAUAGAUAUCCAGCAGGCAAUGCCUGCUUUGGUCGAAUGGCGUUGAGCAAUGCUUCAUACCAGGAAUCUUGGCAGAAAAGUAGAGUUUCUAACUAGCUAUCAAUAUCACUAGGUUUAAAUUCAAUUAAAUAUGCAGUCAAA